AUGGCUGAACAACUUCCACCCACACUAUUCGAACUCUUCCAGAUGGUGACCGAGUUACGGCAAGCCAACCAGUGCAUGACCGAGGAGAACCAAAGAAUGGCACAGCAAAUUGCCAACUUGAAUAACACCCGAAUCAAAAACAAUAAUGAUCGGCAAGAACGGACAGAGGAAGCCGAGCAGCAAUCAGAGCUAACACAUGUCUUUGACACUGUUGGACAGAAAGAGGAGCAACCUGAGCAUAAUGAGGAAGCUCGGCCAGACGACGAGAAUGACAAUCAGGAAAGCUCCCCUAGACCAUUCACAGUCGAGGUGAUGAACUUCGUGCUACCCAGGAGGUUCACUAUGCUGACCACCCUAACUCUCUAUGAUGGGUUAGGUGAUCCGAAGAAAUACAUCAAGAAGUUCACCUCCAUAAUGAUAGUUCUAUUUCCCAAUUUUGAGACAUAUCAAAGCCCUUUGAGGAACACUUUGCUGGAUCGGCCAUCUACCUACACGGGCCAGCAUGAAGGCCUCAGGGAAUACAUGACGCGCUUCACAAAGAUAGCCAUGAGUAUACCCGACCUCCACCCCGAGGUGGAACUGCACGCAAUAAAAAGCGGACUACGACCAGAAAAAUUCCAGAAAAUUAUUGUCGUAGCCAAACCUAAGACUAUGGCCGAGUUCCGUGAAAAGGCUAAAGAAAAACCACACUACCAAGACAACGACAGAACACGAGACAACAAGAAGAACUCCAAACCAGCUUCGCGAUAUGAGUCUUACACUCAAUUCAACACCAAGCGUGACGAUAUCAUCAAGGAGAUCUUAAAUUCAAAGUUGAUCAAACCACCAAGAAAAGUCAGCAGUUACCCAGAUUCAAAAGGCAUGGACAGAUCAAAAUACUGCUCUUUCCACCAAAAGCACGGCCACACUACCGACGAGUUUGUCAUUGCCAAAGACCUUCUGGAGCGAUUAGCUCGGCAAGGUCACCUAGACAAGUACAUCGGCGGCCACAUACAACGACGAACAAACUCCUCUGGUGAACAAAACUCAGCGACACAGCAUGGCCGAGUUAAAGAUCUGCCAGACACCAGCCAUCCCGACAAACCAAGACGUAUCAUUAACUAUAUUUUCGGAGGUUUUGCAGGUGGAGGAACCACAAGCUCGGCAAGAAAGCGAUCUUACCGAGCCAUGCUUUCCAUCGAAGCCAACCAAACUCAACAACAGACACUUUCGCAGUUUCCACAGAUAACAUUCCAUACAGCCAACCACAACACUAAUGUGACAAAUCUAAAUGACCUGGUCAUAAUCACCCUGCAGCUCGGAGAUCUCCAAGUAAAAAAGGUGUUACUGGACCUAGGAAGCAGUGCCGAUGUUCUAUUUUACUCUACAUUCCAGAAAAUAAAACUAAGCAGUAACAUCCUCCAACCUUCCACUGGAGAGACCUGGUAG